GCCUUCUCCCCGCAGUCUCCUUCUUCCUUGUGAGCCUGGGGGGCACGGCCGUGGGGCUGCUUUUUGCCUUCCUCCUGGCCCUGAUCACGCGGUUCACCAAGCGGGUGCGCAUCAUUGAGCCUCUCUUCGUCUUCCUCCUGGCCUACGUUGCGUACCUCGCUGCUGAGAUGGUUUCCCUGUCCUCCAUCCUGGCGGUCACCUUCUGUGGGAUCUGCUGCAAGAAGUAUGUGGAAGCCAACAUCUCCCAGAAAUCCCGUACCACCGUCAAGUACACCAUGAAGACCCUGGCAAGUAGCUCAGAGACCAUCAUUUUCAUGUUCCUGGGCAUCUCGGCUGUGGAUACCUCCAAGUGGGCAUGGGAUACAACGCUGGUGCUAGGCACCCUGCUCUUCAUCCUGCUCUUCAGAGCCGUGGGUGUUGUCCUCCAGACCUACGUGCUCAACCACUUUCGCCUCAUUCCCCUGGACAGGAUUGAUCAGGUGGUCAUGUCCUAUGGCGGCCUCCGGGGAGCUGUUGCCUUCGCCCUGGUCAUCCUGCUGGAUGGGGCGAAGGUCAAAGCCAAGGACUACUUUGUGGCAACGACCAUCGUGGUGGUGUUCUUCACUGUCAUCGUGCAGGGCCUCACCAUCAAGCCCCUGGUGACGUGGCUGAAGGUGAAGCGCAGUGACCACCACAAGCCCACAUUGAACGAGGAGCUGCACGAGCACGCCUUUGAUCACAUCCUGGCAGCAGUGGAGGACAUUGUGGGGCACCAYGGCUACCAUUACUGGCGGGACAAAUGGGAGCAGUUUGACAAGAAGUACCUCAGCCAGCUCCUGAUGAGGAAAUCUGCCUACAGGCUCCGGGAUGAGAUCUGGGAUGUUUACUACAAGCUGAACAUCCGUGACGCUAUCAGCUUUGUGGACCAGGGUGGCCACGUGCUCUCUGCCGCCAAGCUGGCAUUGCCCUCCAUGCCCAGCCGCACGUCCAUGUCAGAGUCGUCCGUCACAAACCUCCUGAGGGAGAGUGGCAGYGGUGCAUGCCUGGACCUGCAGGUGAUUGACACGGUGCGGAGCCGCCGAGACAAGGAGGACGCCGUGAUGCACCACGUGCUGCGAGGGAGCCUUUACAAGCCCCGCAGGAGGUACAAGGCCAGCUACAGCCGUCACUUCAUCUCUCCAGAUAAACAAGAGCGGCAAGAUAAAGAAGUCUUCCGUCAGAACAUGAAAAGGCGGCUGGAAACCUUCAAGUCCACAAAGCACAACGUCUGCUCUUCCAAGAGCAAAGCCAGGCUAAAGGAGAAGGGUAGGAAAAAGAAGGGCAUCUCUGUGACCAGUGAUUCGCCCAACGAGAAGACACAACGAAAUGUCUCUUGGCAGGAGGCAGCUCCUGUCUUGGUGAUGGUCAGCUCGGAUGAGGAGGAGAGCAACAGCUCAGAGACAGAGCGAGAGGACGACGAGGGGAUCGUGUUCAUCGCUCGAGCCACCGACGAGGUCCUGCAGGGAAAGAAGACUCCUGGCAGCUUGGAUGUCUGUCCCAGCCCUUGCAUCAUCCCACCGUCACCCACCCUGGCAGAGAAGGAGCUGCCGUGGAAAGGAGACCAGGCUGAUCUGGCUGUUUAUGUCUCCUCGGAAACAACCAAAAUCGUGCCAGUGGAUAUGCAGAAAGCGUGGAACCAAAGCAUCUCCUCCCUGGAGAGCAUCGCCUCCCCACCAGGCAUUGAGACGGGAGCCCAGCACAAGAGAUUUACCUGCCCGGUGCUAGAGGAGCAACCCCAGUCUGCCAGCCAGGCGAUGCCAGAGCAGAGCUCCUGCUUCCAGUUCCCCAGCCACGUCUCAAAGAGCAGCAGGUCGCACAGUGACAGCAGUCCAGAUGGCAUCGAGCAGCAGGAGCUGCAGCCCUUGAUGGCCGCAGAGGAGCCGAGCAGGGUAGUGUCCUCUGCAGAACCCAGGUGGCUCAUCCAGUUCAACAGAGCGAGCCACCUUUGAGGUGGACUGUGGAUGGGGAGGGCAUUGGGAUGCUGC